AUGUAUAAUAGCGUUAGAAAGACUAUAAGUAGAACAGCUACUACUAUUAUAGGCUUUAUCUUCGUACCUAAAGCUCUCGAAUUAAACAAAAUUGAUAUAUAUUAUUACUUUGUUCCUAAGUUCUAUAUAGAGGCGGUUAGAAAGGCUAGUAGCGAUCCUAGCGUCCUCUCUAUAACCGCGCUAGGAGCUUAUAUACUUAAAGGAGAGGACGCAUCUAAUCUCGCUUAUAAGCUUAAUCUUAAAUUUACCUUCUUUGCUAACCUUCUAAGUCUACUUAAUACUAAAGCGGCCCUUAAGGAGAUUCGUUAUGCUAUAGCUAAGCUACACGCUAAUAGCGCGGAGAUAAAUCGUAGGAAAUAUAUUAUCUUUGUAUACCCUACUUACCCUAAGGAUAUAGAUCCUAUAAACCCUCACUAUAAGGUAAUCCUCUCUUACGCUACAACACUACUUAGCUAUACACUAGAUGUAGCUAUAAAAGUUCGCCUAGGUGUUACCUAUAAGGAGAUGGUUAAGGCCUUCUAUAGCUUUCAUUACGACCUUACUCUAUCUAGUUUACCUACUAUACUUAAUAUGCUACUAAAGCUUGUCCCUUACGAUCAUAUUCUUUAUAGAAGUAACUUUCCUUAUAUACUAUUACUUAUAUAUCUAGCAUUCUUAUAA